AUGGGUCGUUUAUUGAGAUUUUCAAUUGAUGAACCUUUUUCUAAACCCUUAAUAAUUAUUGCUCUUCAAAUUGCUUUUAUAUCUGCAUUAAUUUCAUAUUAUGGCGUGGAAAUCCCUAUGCAGCCUGUUUAUGACUUUUUUCGGAUAAAUUUACAAAAGGUUAAACAAAAUUGUGGAUUUCUUCCUAUUGAAAAUUUGUUCAAUAGUUUUACACGGCGUAAAACUUCAGAAAGUCAAAGAAAUGAAGGUUUAAAGCAGAAGCAACGAAAAGAAAUAAUUUCCUCAGAAAACGGGAAUUCUUUUAAACUUGAUAAAAAUGAGAAUUAUUUUGUAUUUACGACUGAUCAACUUGCUUUAUUUGAUGGGACUCGUUCUUCGAAGCCUGUUUAUUUGGCAAUACUUGGACGUGUUUUUAAUGUUGAAAAAGGAAAAAAGCAUUAUGGACGUGGUGGUGGAUAUAACUUUUUUGCUGGUCGAGAUGCAACUCGAGCAUUUGUGUCGGGCGAUUUUUCAGAAGAAGGACUUUCUGAUGAUGUAAAUUUUGAAGAUAUAUUUUAA